AUGGUGGAGCUGGAGAAAGAGGUUCUGCCGCUGCCGCCGCGGUACCGGUUCCGAGACCUGUUGCUCGGGGACUGGCAGACGGACGACAGAGUGCAGGUAGAGUUCUAUGUGAAUGAAAACACUUUCAAGGAGCGUCUCAAGCUGUUCUUCAUCAAAAACCAAAGAUCCAGUUUGAGAGUACGACUGUUUAACUUCUUCCUGAAGGUUCUCAGCUGCCUGCUGUAUAUCGUACGAGUUCUCCUAGAUGACCCACAAGAGGAGAGAGACUGGUCCCUCAUUAUUUGGGUGAACAGACCUCUGCCACUCUGGACUCUUCAGGUGCUUGUUGCAUUCAUCAGUUUUUCAGAGACCAUGUUGCUGGUGUACCUCAGUUACAAGGGCAACAUUUGGGAACAAGUAUUGCGCAUUCCAUUCAUUCUGGAGAUGAUCAGCGCCAUUCCUUUCGUGAUCACUGUGAUAUUGCCCUCCCUCAGAAACCUGUUCAUUCCUGUUUUUCUGAACUGCUGGCUGGCCAAACACGCUCUUGAGAACAUGAUUAAUGACCUGCACAGAGCGAUACAGCGCACACACUCAGCCAUGUUCAAUCAGGUGCUCAUCCUCAUCAGCACUCUACUCUGCCUCAUCUUCACCUGUAUUUGUGGUAUUCAGCAUCUGGAGCGAGCAGGGAACAACCUGACUUUGUUUGACUCUCUGUACUUCUGUGUGGUCACCUUCUCUACGGUGGGCUUUGGUGACGUCACACCUCAGAUCUGGCCCUCUCAACUGCUAGUGGUCAUCAUGAUCUGUGUGGCUCUUAUAGUUCUGCCAAUACAGUUUGAGCAGUUGGCUUUCUUGUGGAUGGAGCGACAGAAGUCUGGAGGGAACUACAGCCGUUACCGUGCCCAGACUGAGAAGCACGUGGUGUUGUGUGUCAGCUGCCUGAAGAUAGACCUACUCAUGGACUUCCUCAAUGAGUUCUUUGCGCACCCCAGACUGCAGGAUUACUAUGUGGUCAUCUUAUGUCCCGCUGAGAUGGACGUCCAGGUGCGGCGAGUACUCCAUAUCCCGCUGUGGGCUCAACGGGUCAUUUACCUGCAGGGAUCUGCUCUCAAAGACCAGGACCUGAUGAGGGCUAAGAUGGAUGAUGCUGAGGCCUGUUUUAUCCUAAGCAACCGGUUUGAAGUGGACCGCUUUGCUGCUGACCAUCAGACCAUUCUUAGGGCCUGGGCUGUGAAGGACUUUGCCCCAAACUGCCCUCUCUAUGUGCAGAUCCUCAAACCUGAGAAUAAGUUCCACAUCAAGUUCGCAGACCAUGUGGUUUGUGAGGAAGAGUUUAAGUAUGCCAUGUUGGCCCUCAACUGUGUGUGUCCUGCCACCUCCACCCUGAUCACCUUAUUGAUUCACUCCUCUAGAGGACAGGAAGGUGGUGCUAGCUCAGUCGACCAAUGGCAACGCACCUACAGGCGCUGUGCCUCCAAUGAGGUGCACCAUAUCCGGCUGGAAGAGAGCAAGUUCUUUGGAGAGUAUCAGGGAAAGAGUUUCACCUUUGCCUCCUUUCACGCACAUAAGAAAUAUGGAGUGUGUCUGAUCGGAGUACGCAGGAUGGAAACAGCAAACAUCCUCUUGAACCCUGGGCCCUGCCACAUCAUGGGAGCCUCCGACACCUGUUUCUACAUCAACAUCUCCAAGGAGGAGAACUCAGCCUUUGUCAGAGGUCACAGGGUGCCAGUGAGGGGACCUGGCGUUGACUCCAGAGGGGUCCCACAGACAAUCUAUCAUGGGCUCACUCGCCUACCAGUACACAGCAUUAUAGCCAGCAUGGGUACUGUAGCCAUAGACCUGCAGGACUCCAGUGACAGCAGUCCAGAUGGCACGGGUCCAUCAGUGCUAGGCAGUGGGACUGGGGGCAGGAGUGGCUCCAGGACAGAAGUUGUGGGCUGUAACACUCUGACACUGCCCGCCAUGAGUGGCUCCAGGGAGGAGAGGAGACACAGCAUCGCCCCCGUCCUGGAGGUGGUGGACGGGGUGCACAGUCCCACGUUUGACCUGCUGGGGGACCAGUCGGAGGACGAGGGAGGAGAGGAGGGGAAGGAGGACGAUGGAGGGGAACAGAAAGGCCAGUGGUGGGGCGCACAUUGCGAAUGGGUUAAAGGCUAUCCUCUGAACUCUCCAUACAUUGGCAGCUCUCCUGCCCUCUGCCACCUUCUGCAGGAGAAAAUGCCAUUUUGCUGCCUGCGCCUGGAUAAGGCUUGUCAUCAUAUGCCCUAUGAGGAUGCUCGUUCAUACGGCUUCAAAAACAAACUGAUCAUCGUGUCCGCCGAGAGUGCUGGAAAUGGCCUCUAUAACUUCAUCGUUCCUCUGAGGGCGUAUUAUCGGCCCAGGAAGGAGCUCAACCCUAUUGUUUUGCUUCUGGAGAACGUGCCUGAGGCAGAUUUCCUAGAAGCCAUCUGCUGGUUUCCUAUGGUGUUCUACACAGUAGGCUCCAUUGACAAUUUGGAUAGUCUUCUGCGGUGUGGUGUGACAUUUGCUGACACCAUGGUGGUGGUGGAUAAAGAGAGCUCCAUGAUCGCAGAGGAGGAUUACAUGGCUGAUGCCAAGACCAUUGUGAAUGUACAGACACUCUUUAGGCUUUUUCCAGCUCUCAGUAUUAUAACAGAACUUGCCCACCCGGCCAACAUGCGCUUCAUGCAGUUCAAAGUCAAAGACCAUUAUUCUCUGGCUCUCUCCAAACUGGAAAAGAAAGAAAGAGAGAGAGGCUCCAACCUAGUUUUCAUGUUCAGAUUACCGUUUGCAGCUGGGAAGGUGUUUAGUGUCAGUAUGUUAGACACUCUGCUGUAUCAGUCCUUUGUGAAAGACUACAUGAUCUCCAUUACCAGGCUGCUGCUCGGGCUGGACUCCAUGCCUGGUUCCGGCUUCCUGUGUGCUAUGAAGAUCACGGAGGAGGAUUUGUGGAUUCGCACUUACGGUCGUCUAUAUCAGAAGCUGUGCUCCUCCACUGGAGACAUCCCCAUCGGCAUCUACUGCACUGAAGCUCAUAAACUGCCCGUCUCAGAGUCUCAGGUGUCCAUCACUGUGGAGGACUAUGAGGACACGCGAGAGCCCCGUGAGCCUCUCCUCUGCCGCUCUGGUGUUCACCGUAACUCCACGUCAUCCGAACCGCCCUCGUCCUCCUCGCAGGCCAUGGACCGCCCACUGCUGAGAAGGAAAAGCAUGCAGUGGGCACGGCGCUUGAGUCGUAAAGGUGGGAGGGGCUCCAGCGGUGCCAAGGGAGUGGGGAGCGCUGCCGAGUGCAUCAGCCAGCAGAGACUGAGCCUGUUCCGCCGCUCAGAGAGACAGGAGCUCAACGCGUUGGUCCGCACGCGCAUGAAGCACCUGGGGCUCUCGCCAUCUGGAUUUAAUGGUAUGACGGACCAAGGCAACAGACUGUCCUACAUUCUCAUCAACCCAUCCCCAGACACACGCUUGGAACUCCAUGAUGUCGUGUAUCUGAUCAGACCAGACCUUCUGUCACCAGUGCCUAACCAGGCCAGUGGACACAAGCCCAGUGCUGGCCCAGCAGAGGGACACAGAUUUGACACACAGGACAGCACUCAUCUAUGAACCACUCAACGUGGACCACCAGCACGAAAACGAUCUACCGUGUGGUGCGGCGUUGCGUGUGUGCAUGGUUGAGAAGAAGAGUAAGUGAGAGAACAGAAAGGGCAAGUUCUAGAAAACAAUUAAACGUUCAGGAAUUAAGAGAGGAAUAGCUGCGUUGAUGUGACUAUCAACUGAAUCUACACUGUAAAAAGUGAUUCUGCUUUUUAUUUGCUACCACUCAUUUUUCAAAGUCAGUCUGAAUUUAAAAUAGUCGAUACAAUGGAAAUUGUUAAGAGAAUGUGAUUACGUUUUCAUCAGGUCAACUCAUGAGUGAAUCUCACAAAAACUUGUUCAGGUUGCUACUUUCCAAAAUGUAAGAUGACAGGGGAAUCGUCAUUUAUAUUCAUGAGGAAAGUGAUACCUGAUUGGAAGAGUCAUUAAUAUUCAUCAGGAAAGCCAUUGGUUGGUGAAGCUAUUGAAUAAUCCAACCCUAACCCUAAAUGUUUCACAGACCAGUGAGCAGUGUUGGGUAAGCUACUCAAAAUAAGUAAUUUACUACAAAUUACAAAUUGUAUGCUCUAAAAUGGAAAUCAGAUUACUGACCUGUUAUCGAAAAAAGUAAUCACAUUACUAAUUACUUUACAGUUACUAAAACACUUUUCACAGAAAAGCUUUUGUUUCUCUGCUCAACGAAUUCAAAAUAAUGUCUAUAUUUCCCCCUUCACUGACUCGUUUGGGGACGCACACCCUUCAACCGUCGCAAAACACAAACAGAUGUAUUAACAUCAUUUAUGAGGAACCCAAGUAAUUAAUUUAAUCUAAUUAUAAGAAUUUGAAAUAUGUAAUAUGCUACAGUAAUUUUUGUAAUAAAAAAGUAAUUAGAUUACAGUAAUUAAUUACCUUAUAAGUAGAUUACACCCAACACUGCCAAUGAGGUAGUGCUUUCCUCAUAAAUAUGAAUGACUUUUCCCCUGACAUCCUACGUUUCGGAAAUCCAUGUCCAGGUCACAUUUCUAGUAAUAGAAUUAAAAAAACAAAAAAUUCUAUUUUUGCAGUAAGAAAAUUAAGCCCUCUUUUUUUAAUAAUUUUGAUUUUGUUGCAUUGGACAUGUUU